UGUAGAUAGUGACCGAUCUCGACUCUCCUUCAUCCUGACAUCUUCACAUCACAUCACUCCCACCUCACUUCACCUCAAACUCAUCUCAAUCACCAUGGACUGUUUUCGGCAGAUUGCUCGACUGGUCAAGUCCCCCUUUCGGCGCGAGAAGCAGCAGAAGGUGUUGGAAAUCGGUCCCCCCACCGACUUUCGAAAAGAGGAAUUACCCGCGUUCUUCACGGAUGACGAUGCGGCCACCCUGCACAGCCGGGGCUCGACCCUCGACAAGGAGAAGGAAGCGGCCGCCACGGCCAUGGAACGCCAACCAUCGACACGAGACAAGAUUAAGACGCACGUCCGGAGGCUGAGCGUCCGAGUCGCCCGACCUCUUUCCAACGCCGAUGAGCAAUGAACCGGUGCCGGCCACUGCAAUGCCGGUCCAUUCGCCAGUUACG